AUGUUGUUGUUCAAUAUAUGUUGUAUCUUGAUCAUGUCUAGACUAGUUUUAGCUGUACCAAUCUCUCCUUUCAAUAUAAACUAUAAUAUUAAUGCGACUAUACGAGAAUACGAUGUGAAUGAAGAUAACAAAGAAGAAAAUCAGGUAAGUUUUUGAAAUUUUUGAUAGUUUUUAAAUCUGUAAAGAAAGUUAUUGUCAUUUUUUUAUUCGUAAAGAAAGUUCUUGCCGUUUUUUGUGUUGUAAACAAAGUUCUUGCCAUUUUAUUUUUUGUAAAGAAAGUUCUUGCUAUUUUAUGUUUUGUAAACAAAGUUCUUGCCAUUUUAUGUCUUGUAAAGAAAGUUCUUGCCAUUUUAUUUUUUGUAAAGAAAGUCUUUGUAAUUUUCAUGUCUCUUGUUUUAGAUAAUAUUCUCCAAGAUAGACCCACAAUGGAUGAUAACUGUGGGUCGAGAUACCUACAAGUUAGCUUUAUCUCAACAUAACUUCCCCAAUUUGAAGUUAAAGUCGCUGAACUCUAUUUACGAUGUAGAAGACAAGCCACUGUACAUUGCAGUGUUCGAUGACAUGGACAAUCUUGAUGUUAUAGGCAGCUCAAUGCCGAUCAGUUUGGAACGAUUGGAGCAGAAAAUGAAGUAAGUAAACGGUAGGAAGGGUAAAGAAUAGUACUGUAAGACAGGUAGAGUAUGUCAAUGUAGAAAAAGUAGCAGUUUUUAAACGGUACCAUUAAGACAAGGUAGAGCAGAGUAGGGUAGAGUAGGGUAGGGUAUGGUAGGGCCUAGGGUACGGAAAGCAUGGUGUACGGUAAGGCUUACGAUGCGGCAGGGCUUAGGGUAUAAUAGGGUCUACGGCACGGCAGAGCCUAGGGAUCAGUAGGGCUUUGGGUACGUUAAGGCUUAAGGUACGUAGAGCAUGAUGUACGGUAGGGCCCACGAUAGGGUAGGAAAUAAGGUACGGUGAAGCCUAAGGUACCGGGUACAGUAGGGUUUUGGGUACGGUAGAGCAUAGGGGACGGUAGGGCUUAAAGUACGGUAGGGUCUAGGGUACGAUAGGGCUUAGAAUACGGUAGGGUAGGGCAUAGUGGACUAAAUCUUUUCAAAAUUCAAAUUUUAGAGAGAAAUUUGAACUUGGCCAAAUCCUAAUUGAAGCUUCUGCCAAUACAAGGCCUGAUGGUACUCUAAUGAUAACGUCUUUGUGGGUAGAGAAUCCAGAAGCCGACUCCAAUAUUUAUAUUUUCGACGCCAAUGAGACUAAUCCAGAGCGGUUUUUAAGCCCAGUCAGCCUACCGGUUAGUCUGACAGGGUUUUAUCAUAAUGUAAGUUUUUUAGUCUGUAAAGAAAGUUCUUACCGUUUCUCGCUUUGUAAAGAAAGUUAUUGCCAUUUCUUGUUAUUUCAGGGUAAAGACCAGUACAUAUUAGUGACAGUUCAGCCAAAGCGACGAGUUGAAAUGCAAGUUACUAAAACCAAGCUGAUAUUCGAUGUAGAGAUAAAUGAAUGCCUAAAACAAGAUAAGGAACUGGCUAGCCAGUUUUAUGUGGCACAGAAGUUUAAUAUCUACAUGAGUAAUGAUACUGUAAGUUUUUUUAUUCUACCCUACUCUACCCUAGGCCGUAACGUACUCUAGGCCCUACCGUAUCCUAGACCUUACCGUAUCCUAGGCCCUACCGUAUCCUAAGCCUUACCGUACCCUAGGCCCCACCGUACCUUAGAUUCUACCGUAUCCUAGGCCUUACCGUACCCUAGAUUCUACCGUACCCUAGGCCCUACCGUACCUUAGAUUCUACCGUACCCUAGGCCCUACCGUACCCAAAGCUCUACCGUACCCUAUGCCCUACCGUACCUUGUUCCUUACCGUACUUUAAGCCUUAUUGUACCCUAGGUAAUACCGUAACCUGAACCCUACCGUACCCUUAGCCUUGCCUUUUUCUAAGCCCUACCGUACACAAAGCCUUACUGUACUCUAGGUCUUACUGUACUUUAAGCCUUGUCGUACUGUAAGCCUUACCGAAUCUUAAUAUCUACUAUGUUCUACCCUACCCAUGCCCUCUCUUAUAAAUUUUAGUUAAAAUGCUCAGCGAUUUACUGGUACCAACAUGGUGCAUCUCAUCGUAUCACAUACACCAACAAUACUUUACUGUCAGAACAUGAACAACUUCGAAGUAACUUUACAAGGUAUACUUCUUUAACUCCGAAGCAAGUCAGUGUAGCCAAUAAUACGAUGUUAAUACUGUGGAGUAAUGUUCCCAUUUGGCCGUUUCCUAGGGCCAUACCUCUGUUGACUUAUGAUGUGUAAGUUGGUUUGUACCUAAAAUAUUGUACUACUAGAACUUUUUUAGCACUAUGGGUGUCAUUUGGUUUUUAAUAGUACUAUUUAGUAUUAAAACAUUGGGUUUAGUUCUGCUGGUGCUACAUAGUAUCAAAAAUAAAUUUUUAGAUGUUAACAGUACUAUAUAGUACAGAAAGGAAUAUUUUUUGUACUGAAUGUACUAUUUAGUACAAGAAAUUUUGUUUCAGUUUUUAUAGUGCUAUAUAGUACCAAAAUAAAUAUUUUAUUACUAAUAGUACUAUUUAGUAUUAGAACUUUUAUUUUAGUUAUUAUAGUGCUAUAUAGUAUAAAAAUUGAUAUAGAAUUCUUAAUAGUAAUACUUAGUACAAAAAUUAAUAUUUACUUACUGAUAGUGCUAUAUAGUACUAAAAUUAAUGUUUUAGUGCCAAUAGUACUAUUUGUUUCAAGACCUAAUAUUUUAUUACUUAUAGUACUAUUUAGCAUUGAAAAUAACAAUUUAUUGCUGAUAGUAACAUAUUCUUCCUAAUAGUACUAAUACAGUACCAAAAAACAUCAGUUUAGAACUCGUAGUACUAUCUUGUUUAAAAUAAUACUAUUUAGCAUCAAAACUAAAAUACCUAUAUUUUCAGACCAAUUCCAUUCCAGUACAUAAACGGAAUGAAUAUGGAGUUACCGACCGAUCUCUUGAGUUACCUAAACAAUCGAGUCGUGUCAUUUAUGCAAAAACUCGAAAUCCCUGGCUUAUCAAUCGCUUUGGCUAAAAACGAACUGCUAAAACUGGCUGUGGGUAAGCUAUACCUUUAUAUAUGUUGGUUUACUAUGUUAAAUUUAUUGAUUUACUAUGGUAUAUAUUGCUUUACUACGUUAAAUUCAUUAUUUUUGUUACUUGCACCGUGCAAUUGUUAUGAAAAGUCUUGUUUAGGCUAUUGCACUGUGCAGUCUAGUAACCGUGCACCGUGCAGAUUUAUAAGCCAACUACCUUUGCACUGUGCAGACUUAAACUUGCUUUGCACCGUGCAAACCUAAAAGCCCAUAAACUCUAUUGCACAGUGCAAGACUCGCUUCAAUUGCACGGUGCAAAAGACUAUCGCACAGUGCAAACUGAAAAGGUUAUUGCACUGUGCAGAUGAUGAUUGCGACAAAAGUUUUGUUGUUGUCGCAGGACUUCUUUCAAAAAAAAAUUGAAAAAAAUCGCAACAAAGUUUUUCGGAAAAUUUUUGUCGCAAAGGAAGUUGAGGGAAAUUCAGCGACAAAAUCUGCGACACAAUCUGCGGCACUUGCUUUGAUUCGGCGACAUCGCAGAAGGAAUUGAACUGUCGCAAGGUGGGAAAAAAUUUGCGACAAGUUGUUGGAAGAAGCAAACCUUUGCGACAACUUUGUCGCCUUUUGAAAAGCGUUUUGAAUGCUUGUCGCAAAUCCAAACUUUGUCCUUUUUUCAAUGAAAGGUUUUGCGACAAAAGUUUCAGUUGGUUGUCGCAAGGGGCUUUUGCGAUAGACUGCACGGUGCGGUGAAGCUUACGGAGAUUGCACUGUGCAGACUUUUUUGAAUUUUGAUGAACGGCUUAAUCGGUUGCACAGUGCAAAGAAAUGGUUUUUUUGCACAGUGCAAUAGAAUGUCUGCACGGUGCAAUGGGCUUAAAAAAUGGUUUUAAAGUUUGCGCUGUGCAAAUUUAAAUGUUUUACAAAAUUAAAGGUGGCAAGAACUUUGUUUACAAAACAAAAAAUGGCAAGAACUUUCUUUACAAAACCAAAAAUGGCAAGAACUUUCUUUACAAAACCAAAAAUGGCAAGAACUUUCUUUACAAUACAAUAAAUACCUAUAUUUUAGCUUUUGGCUACUCAGACGUUGUAAAGAAGGUAACAAUGACACCAGACGACAAGAUCCGCGUCGGCUCAGUCUCAAAGACAAUUACCUCGACUGCCAUCUUCCUACUGAUCGAGAAUGGCGACAUAACUCUAGACGAACGAGUAUUUGGCUUCGGAGGCAUAUUGGGCAUGGAUAUGACAGACAAUUUGACAUACCCUCGAUAUGUCGAUGAAAUUACAGUAAGACACUUGCUGGGUCAUACUGUAGGAGCAUAUGGUAACACACCGGACGACCCAAUCUUCAAAACCGAGCAAAAGACCGCGACAGACAUGAUAAAAGAGGUGAUUGCGACAAAUCCAUUGAAAAAGCCCCCAGGCAAUGACUACUUGUAUUCCAACUUUGGCUAUGCCAUUUUGGGCAAAGUAAUUGAAUACAGGAGUGGAAUGUCGUACAGCGAAUUUGUGAAUCGAAAAAUAUUUUUGCCCAUUGGCUUGGGACGACAAAUGACGAUGAGUGGUGGCUUCAGAAGCCCACCGGAGUAAGUUGAACGGAAUGCCAAGAAUGGCGGGAAAAAGUGAAUUUGAAUAGAUUAGGGUAGGGAUAGAACGUUUCAAAACAUUUUUUCUAAUUUUUAGUAAAAUACGUUAUAAAACUAGUUAUAAAAUUUUUUAAUUAAGAAAAACGCUUUAAAACAUAAUGCCAAAUUCGACGGGAGUUAAAAAUUUUUAAAUUUUAAGCAUAUAAAAUACGGUUUUUAGUACGUGUUGUUUGCAAAAUAAGCUUAAUGCCGAAAUUUGUAAGCUUUUAAUAGCUACAAAAAGAAAAUGUUAAUUUUAGUCAUUACUUAAAAUACGGUUUUUAAAAUUGGCGGGAAAAAUGAUAGUUAAUGUAACUUUUUAAGGCAUUUUUAACUCAGUUUUAUACAAUUUUACAUUUUUGUACAGUCUGAACGUGCUAUACUAUUCCACCCCCGACUCACCCGACGAUCCCUACGAUUUGCCCGAUCAAUCGAUAUUGGAGGCCUGCUGUGGAUGGGUGUUAUCACCUCAAGAUACGGUCAAAUUCCUAACUCAUAUCGAUGGACUGCCAUUGAAACGAGAUUUGAUUUGGCCUGAGAGUGUGUACAAAAUGGGUACACCUACCAGGGAGAGUAACUACACUUAUGGACUGGGCUGGGCUGUCAAUGAGAAGGGGUUCAAUGGCAGAGCUCAUCAAGGUCAAAUGCCAAGCUCAUUGAACUAUCUGCUGAGGACUGACAGUGGAAUUGAGUUGGCGAUUUCUAUGAAUCGGGUAGGGUAAUUUUAUAGAUAUGGACGAGGGGCGGGGUGGUAUUGACUUUAAAUAAGUAGUGUAGGUAGGGAAGGGUAGAGUAGAGUAAGGUAAGGUAGAUCACUGUAUUAAGCCUAGGGUAUUAAAAAGCGGAAUACUGUAGUAAAGGCAAAACUAAUGUACAAAGAGCAAGACUCUAGGGUACGGUAGGGCCUAGGGUACGGUAGGACGUAGGGUACGGUCGGGUCUAGGGUACGGUAGGGCCUAUGGAACGGUAGGGCCUAGGGUAAGGUAAAGCCCAGGGUACGAUAUGGCCUAGGGUAGGGUAGGGUAGGGUAGGGUAGGGUAGGGUAGGGUAGGGUAGGGUAUGUAGCAACUUUAUCAGUCAUUCUACUAAAGAAUUUGACAACUGCACAGUGCAGUCCCUGGGAAAAUCGCGCCCUUUUUCAUUCUACUGCACCGUGCAGAUUCCCGUGCGAUCUCUUGCAACCCCAAACGAUGAGAGAAAGACUGCACAGUGCAAGCUCUCAAUUGUCGCACAGGUCGAUUGUUGCAGGAGUCAGGGGACUUGCGACAGUGAAAAAAAUCGUGUCGCAAACCUUCCAUUGAACACAGUGGUGGUUUGAGCGUUGCGACAAUCGCGACACGCUGUCGCAUCGCCCUUUAAACCGCGAUGCAACAACUUGUCGCAAGGUUUUAUCCCUUGCGACAUUGCGAUUCCCCUUUCGAUGACGCAGGAUGCAAGCGAAUGUCGCACGACUAGCUGAAUGUCGCGCGACGCCCCCUGAUUCUCGGCGCGACAGCCAUUCCUCCAAAUUGGGGUUUGCGAUUUUGUCAAAUUCUUUAGUGGAAAGACUGAUAUAAAUGCCAUUUCAGUACCCCCAGCGAUACGUCGGAGAGAUGGCGCUCUCUUAUCUUGUCCAUCACAUUGUGUCACUAUUUGAAGGGCCUGAUCUGAAUGGAAUCGACCACUUCAUGGACAAUCAAAUCGUCAUGGUGUGA